AUGGAUGCUGAAAAAGUUUUUGAAGUGGAAGGAGGAAAUGAUUGUCAUGCAUACUUUAAGUGGACCACAGAAAUGGAUGGUGUGAUGCUUGAAGUUCUUAGGGAGCAAAAGAGUAAGGGUCAAAAGGAAGAUAGAGCUUUUUCUGCUGAAGCAUAUAGGAAGGUGGUAGAGGAAAUUAAUGAUAAAUUUUCUUUGAACAUCAACAAAACCAAAGUGAUGAAUCGUCUCAAAACUCUUAAAGAACAAAUGGUGCUAGCAAAAGAAAUUGAGUUUAAAAGUGGAAUAGGAUGGAAUGAUUCUUCUAAAACAUUUGAGGCUCCUCUAGAAGUGUGGAAAUCUCUGAUAAAAGCCAAUCCAAAGUACAAAAAUAUCAAAGGAAAAUCCCUUCACCACUUGGAGAUUCUCAUAGAGAUAUACGAGAAAGAUGUAGCAACUGGAGCUCAAGCUGAGAGUUCUAGAGAAAAAGUACAAAGAUGGGAAAGAGAGGAGGCUCAUAUUAGUAUUGAUGAAAUUGAUGAGAUGCAAGCAAACAAUCAGGUUUAUUUGGAUAAUUUUUCUACCUUUGUUUUUGAAAAUAUGCCAUCAACACCGGGAUCAUAA